AAACAUUGUUCCUAAAACGAUUGCUACUGCCACAGGAACUUCUAGACUGAGAAGAUGGAGAGGAUCUUGAUUGGGACAUUGCUGUUUUACAGUCUUUUGGGGGCUAUUGCUUCUAUAGACAUGAGAUCUAAAGUGUUUGUGUUCCCUAAAGAAACAUCUGAUGCCCAUGUCCUCCUAAUCCCUCAGAUUGAGAAGUCACUGGAAAAUUUCACUAUUUGCCUGCGUGCCUAUACUGACCUCACACGUUCCUACAGCCUUUUCUCCUAUGCCACCAGAAGCAAAGACAAUGAAUUACUCCUAUAUAAGCCUCAAACUGGGGAAUAUAAUUUGUUCAUUGGGAAUGAAAAGAUUUCUUUCAAAGUCAAUGAUGACCUUUCUUCCCCAGUCCAUAUUUGUGCAAGCUGGGAAUCAGUUUCUGGCAUAGUUGAACUGUGGAUAAAUAAUAAACCCUUAGUGAGAAAGGGCCUGAAGAAGGGUUAUUUGGUGAGAGCAGAGGCAAAGAUUAUCCUGGGACAAGAGCAAGAUUCCUUUGGGGGAAAUUUUAGUGAAAAACAGUCUUUUGUUGGAGAAAUUGGAGAUGUGAACAUGUGGGAUCAUGUACUUUCUCCAUCAGAGAUUCAUUCUUUGUACAAUGGUGAGACCCACAGUGCUAAUAUUUUAGAUUGGGGAGCAUUGAAUUAUGAGAUAAAGGGUUAUGUGGUCGUCAAAUCCCCAUUGUGGUCCUGAGUCUCUGAGCCAUAAAUGACUACCAAGUAGAUGAUUUCUUCCCUAGGAGAUUAGAUUUUAUGUGCCUUGAUCUGAGAGUCUUUGUGCUACCCUGUUAAAUAAUAAAGAAUUAAAAUACC